GCCUUAUUUAUGUUAGCUCUUCACCCUAAAAACACCACAGAGCAGCUUACCUGCUUUAGCCAUCUGUACAGAAGGCGAUUUCUCCCGUUUCUAACAAUAGAAAACUUCCCAGUGUUAACAUGUAGCAAAAAGGAGAAACGAGAAAAAGAAAAAAAAAAAAAAAAGCCUCUUUGGUCCGCCCUCCCUGGCUGUUGCUACCUUGCAGUUUAUGACAUGCAGAUAGAGGGAGGUCUGGUGAAGUGAACAAGGCAGCCGGAGAGCUGGUCCAUUCCCGUGGAAACCACGAAUCCCUGGGCACAGGCAGCUCUCCCUACUUUCCUGCGGGAUUUCUUUUGUGCGACUUUGAGAGGGGCUCAUGAAUGAUUUCUCAACGUGUGCCUGGCUCAGGCAAGCCGCACAGGGAGGGAGUAACCCAGCUGAGUGGGGGCAGAGCCAGCAAACACAGACCGCGCAGCGCUGGAAGUGGUUCUACUCGUGCAUGCAGUUUUUGAAGUCAGCAAAACAGAAAUCAAAUUACUAUCCUAUUAUGCUGGUCGAUGCUCAAGAAGGGACUCUAUGCUCGCUUAAUUACCAUGAGAGAUGCGGCAAGUCACAGAACAGCAAAGUAUGUCUAACGUGGGGACCCUGAAGACAAAUGAUCACCUUGUUUCUUCCUGAAUCCUCAAAACUCUGCAACCUCUGUUAAAAAGUUCAUUCUGCUUUUUUGACCUUGCUUUGAAGGAAAAAAAAAAAAUGCAACCAACAAGACUCCCCUAACAUUGUAAAGGAAAGAAACAGAAGAAGCCACUGCAGUUCCUCAACAACCAUUGUGAUCAUGAGGGAAAAAAGGCAACCCAGGGAGCCCAGCAUGUACACCAGCUUCCGUGUGACAGAGCGUGAGGACAGAAAGAUGAAUGGCGGGCUGAGGCUCUGACUUGUUAGUUUUCCUUUACUUCAGCUGCUACAAAUUCCGGCUUAGCAAUGGAUGUUCUUUUUGAAGAAAAUGCUUCCUUGAGCUCCACUACAAACUCCUUAGUGCAAUUACAUGAGGACACAAGGCUCUACAAUAAUGACUUUAACAACGGAGAAGCUAACACUUCAGAUGCAUUUAACUGGACAGUGGACUCGGAAAAUCGAACCAACCUUUCCUGUGAGGGCUGCCUCUCACCACCCUGCUUCUCCUUACUUCAUCUCCAGGAAAAAAACUGGUCUGCUUUGUUGACAGCUGUAGUGAUUAUUCUAACCAUUGCUGGAAACAUACUCGUCAUCAUGGCAGUGUCCCUAGAGAAAAAGCUGCAGAACGCCACCAACUAUUUCCUGAUGUCACUUGCCAUAGCUGAUAUGCUGCUGGGUUUCCUUGUCAUGCCCGUGUCCAUGUUAACCAUCCUAUAUGGCUAUCGGUGGCCUCUACCUAGCAAACUCUGUGCUGUCUGGAUCUACCUGGACGUGCUCUUCUCCACGGCCUCCAUCAUGCACCUCUGUGCCAUCUCGCUGGAUCGCUACGUUGCCAUCCAGAAUCCCAUCCAUCACAGCCGAUUCAACUCCAGAACUAAGGCAUUCCUGAAAAUAAUUGCUGUUUGGACCAUAUCAGUGGGGAUAUCUAUGCCAAUACCAGUCUUUGGACUACAGGAUGAUUCCAAGGUCUUUAAGAAAGGGAGCUGCUUACUUGCUGACGAUAAUUUCGUCCUGAUCGGCUCUUUUGUGUCAUUCUUCAUUCCCUUAACCAUCAUGGUGAUCACCUACUUUCUAACUAUCAAGUCACUCCAGAAAGAAGCUACUUUGUGUGUGAGUGAUCUUGGCACACGGGCCAAACUAGCUUCUUUCAGCUUCCUCCCUCAGAGUUCCCUGUCUUCAGAAAAACUCUUCCAGCGGUCAAUCCACAGGGAACCAGGGUCCUAUGGCAGAAGGACUAUGCAGUCCAUCAGCAAUGAGCAAAAGGCCUGCAAGGUGCUGGGCAUUGUCUUCUUUCUGUUUGUGGUGAUGUGGUGCCCAUUCUUCAUCACGAACAUAAUGGCCGUCAUCUGCAAAGAGUCUUGCAACGAGGAUAUCAUCGGAGCCCUGCUCAAUGUGUUUGUUUGGAUCGGUUACCUCUCCUCAGCGGUCAACCCACUUGUGUAUACACUGUUCAACAAGACCUACAGGUCGGCCUUUUCACGGUAUAUUCAGUGUCAGUACAAGGAAAAUAAAAAACCAUUGCAGUUAAUUUUAGUGAACACUAUACCGGCCUUGGCCUACAAAUCUAGUCAACUCCAAAUGGGACAAAAAAAGAAUUCAAAGAAAGAUGCCAAGACCACAGAUAACGACUACAGUAUGGUUGCUCUAGGAAAACAAUAUUCAGAAGAUGCUCCUACAGACAAUAUUAACACAGUGAAUGAAAAGGUUAGCUGUGUGUGAUAGACUGGUUGCCAUAGCAACCAUGGAGGGCACACUGGGCAAAUUUUUACCUAUCUGGGGGAAAAAAAGACAAAGGG